AUGCGUUUCUUGCCAGCUUUGACCACCGCGCUCCUGUUCGCGGUUAACGUGACAGGACAGACCCCGUCUGCAGCUUCUGCAGCUGCUGGUACUGUUGCGCCUGUUGCCAAUUCCAAUGCCAAUUCCAAUGCGAAUGCGAAUGCAAACGCCAAUGCCAAUGCCAACAAUGAGGCUGAGACUGCUGCUACAACCACCCAGCAGGCAGUAAACCAGGCCAACCAGCAGGCGGCUAAUACCCCUGCUGCGGACCCUACUACUGCCGCUGCCGCUGCCGCCGCCAACACUGUUGCUGCCAGUCAGGAGGAUAAUACUGCUUCUGCUAAGAACGCACCUACCGCGUCAGCGGAGCAGUCUAACCCCAUCGAAUCUGUUGUCAAUGGUGUUGCGGAUGGUGUGAACACUCUCCUCGGGGGUGGUGCUUCGACUGGAUCUACUGGUAACUCCGCUGCAGAGACCACCCAGGCUAGCGCUACCUCUGCUGCUGCCUCUUCUGAGGGCACUGGCAGCACCAAGUCUACCUCUUCCUCUGAUUCAUCUAGCAGCAUUUCCUCCGAUGCCCUUUCCGGCGCCCUCAAGAACCUGCUCGGCGGUAGUGGGCUCGGAGAUAUCGGUACUGACCUUGGGGAACUCGCUGACGGUAUUGGCAACCUGCUGAACCCUGGCUUCCUCAGCGAGCUCACCAACACCUUCAAGUACUUGUCUACUAGUCUUGCUCCUCCUGUUGACACCGAUAUCCGCAGUCUGGUUGCCAAUGCCAACAAUCUCUUGACUGCUGACUUCUCCAAGAAGGUCGGUGGCCUCAUCGACAAUGCCAACGACCUCUUGACCGCGCAGAACACCAAGGAGAUUAUGACUUUGAUCAACAAUGCCAACAACCUCCUCACUGCCGGAUUUGUCCAGAAGACCGAUACCUUGAUUGACAAUGCCAACAAGCUUCUCACGGCGAAGUUCGUCGACGAGACCACCAAUCUUAUUGGCAAGGCCAGCCCUCUCAUCGAUAACGCUAGUGGCCUCCUUACCGACGAGAACGUCAAGGAGAUUGAGAACCUCCUAUCCGGUGCCAACAAGCUGCUCACUCCUGACUUCAUCUCAACUACCAGCAAGCUUAUCACCCAGGCCGGUCCUCUUAUCUCCAAGGCCAGCCCUCUCAUCGACAAUGCCAGUGGUCUUCUCACCGAGGGCAAUGUCAAGGCUAUCGAGAACCUCCUGUCCGGUGCCAACAAGCUGCUCACUCCUGACUUCAUCUCAACUACGAGCAAGCUUAUUACCCAAGCUGGUCCUCUUAUCACCAAGGCCGGUCCUCUCAUCACCCAGGCUAGCGGUCUUCUUACCGAGGGCAAUGUCAAGGCCAUUGAGAACCUCCUUUCCGGUGCCAACAAGCUGCUUACUCCUGCCUUCAUCUCAACUACCAGCAAGCUCAUCACGCAGGCCGGUCCUCUCAUCAACCAGGCCAGCGGUCUUCUUACUGAGGGCAAUGUCAAGGAGAUUGAGACUCUGCUCAGCAAUGCCAAUGGUCUCUUGACGGAGAACUUCGUGAACCAGACCUCUAGCUUGAUUGAGGAGGCCAGCGAUCUCUUGACUCCGGCUGUUGUCAGUGGUCUCAAGGAUCUGUUGACCCAGAUUUCUCCUCUGCUGCCCGAGCUUAAGGGUCUGCUCAAGGCCGACACAAUCAAGGAGAUUGAGAACCUACUGAGCAACGCGAACGAGCUGCUCACCGACAAGUUCGUCAAGGAGACAUCCAGUCUGAUCGACAACGCCGACAGCCUCUUGACCCCCGACCUGGUCAGCAGCCUGAAGUCUCUGCUUGGCGACAUCACUCCUCUGAUUCCAGAGCUGAAGUCGCUGUUGACAAAGGGCAUGAUCCAGUCUAUCACUGGACUCCUGACCAAUGCCGAGGACCUCUUGACCCCCAAGUUCGUGAACGAGACCUCCAGCCUGAUCAGCGAGGCCGACAGCCUCUUGACCCCCGACCUGGUCAGCAACCUGAAGUCUCUGCUUGGCGACAUCACGCCUUUGAUUCCCGAGAUCAAGUCUCUUCUGACCAAGAACACCAUCUCGGCCAUUGGCUCGCUGCUGACAAAUGCCAACGACCUCUUGACCCCCAAGUUCGUCAACGAGACCACCGGCCUCAUCGACAGCGCCGACGACCUCCUCUCGCCAUCCCUGGUCUCCGGCCUCAAGGAACUCCUCGGCGACGUCGUCCCCUUGGUCCCAGACCUGAGGCGCUCCCUCCUCAACUCGACCAUUAUCACCGACUUGGGCUACAUCGUGACAAACGCAACCAACCUGCUCACUCCCGCCUUCGUUGGAGAUACCUCCGAUCUGGUCGAGCACGCGGAUGGCCUCCUAACCCCGUCCAUCAUCAGCUCUCUCAAGGAUCUGCUUGGAUACCUGCCAGAUGUCAUGCCCGAGGUGAAGAAGCUGCUCAAGCCAGCUACUAUUUCCGAGAUCGGCUCGCUGUUGGAUAACGCUAGUGACCUUCUCACACCCAAGUUCGUCAAUGAGACUACUCUCCUGAUCGAUGAUGUUACCGGCUUCUUGCCGCUCAUUCAGGACUUGCUCAAGGCGCUGUGA